GCUCCUCACUGCUCCAAGUUAAUUAUCAACCAAGCUCUGGUCAAGUCAUGGCCGACGCAGGAUUUUUCAAAGGCACUUCUGCAGACCAGGACCGUCGCUUCUCAGACAAAGAGUUGAAGUUGUUAAAGUCUAUGAAAUUUCCACCAGAGUUUGAUAAAAAGGUGGACCUCAAAAAAGUAAAUCUCAACGUCAUACGCCCAUGGAUCGCCAAAAAAGUCACAGAACUCGUCGGCUUUGAAGAUGAAGUGGUCGUCGAGUAUGCCAUGGGUCUUCUCGACGACCCAAAUCACACCACUCCAGACCCAAAGAAAAUGCAAAUAAACCUGACGGGAUUCCUCACGGCAUCAACGCCCUCCUUCAUGACUGCUCUCUGGUCUCUACUGCUGGAGGCUCAGGAACAUCCCGCAGGCGUGCCGCAGACAUUUGUGGAGGAGAAGAAAGAGGAAAUGCGCAAAGCCCGCGAGGGUGAUGUGCGUGCCAUAGAUAAGAGACCAGGAAAGAGGUGAACGUGCAGGCCGUGGACGCGGAAGGGGUAGGGGUAGAGGGAGAGGCGGAUUUGAAGGUGGCGGUCGAGGCAGAGAUAACGGUUGGGGUGGACGCGGUGGUGGUCGUCCUAGCCGCAGAAUUUCUCGUAGUCCACCGCCCCAUCGCAGGCGCUCCCCGUCUCCGAGCUCCCCAUUUGACGCAAGGAGUUCCCGAUCUCCGCCCCCUUCCCUCAGACGCUCACGCUCUCCAAGGCGUUCCAGAUCCCGCAGUCCUGUGUACCGCCGAAGCUCCCCUCCUCCCCGUAGAUCCCGGACCCGCUCACCUCCCCUUCGUCGCCGACGCUCCUUAACUCCUUCUCCUCGC